GAGAGGGUGGGGUUUGGGGAGAAUGCCUUUUGUUUAACUUCAUCAGGAUAUGGCUUGAACAAAAUAAGAAUGUUUUGAUUAUAUUUCAAAAGCGGAAAAAUGGAGAAUGCACAUCAAAUGGAGUCUCUGUAAUCGAUCAGGGCUCCAGCGUGAAAAAGAUGAAGAUGGAGAGACAACUAUUGUUGUUGAAAAAGAUUAUUUUUUGGAUGACUUCUUCCAGCAGGUUGAGGAACUCAGAAACAAUAUAGCUAAAAUAGCACAAAAUGUGGAAGAAGUUAAGAAGAAACACAGCAUUAUCUUGUCUGCACCAAAUCCUGAAGGCAGAACAAAGGAAGAACUCGAGGACCUGAACAAAGAAAUCAAGAAAAUUGCUAAUAAAACUCACGCUGAGUUAAAGGCUAUUGAACAAAGUUUUGAUCAAGAUGGGAAUGGUAAUCGAACAUCAGUUGAAAUCAGGAUACAAAAAACACAGCACUCAGUAUUGUCCUGGAAGCUUGUGGAGGUCAUGACAGAAUACAAUAAGACCCAGACCCAGUUUCGAGAACGCAGCAAAGGACGGAUACAGCGACAGUUAGAAAUAACUGGAAAAAACACCACCGAUGAAGAACUGGAAGAAAUGUUAGAAAGUGGUAAUCCUUCUAUUUUCACUUGUGAUAUUAUAUCAGACUCCCAAAUUACUAGACAAGCUCUGAAUGAAAUUGAGUCACGACACAAAGAUAUUAUGAAACUGGAAUCCAGUAUACGGGCGCUACAUGACAUGUUUAUGGACAUGGCUAUGUUUGUUGAGGCUCAGGGUGAAAUGAUCAACAGCAUAGAAAAGAAUGUGAUGAAUGCAUCAGAUUAUAUAGAACAUGCUAAAGAGAAGACAAAAGAGGCACUUAAAUAUCAAAGUAAAGCACGAAGGAAAAUGACCUUCAUAAUUAUUUGUGUAACUGUCUUGCUUGUGAUCCUUGGAAUUAUCUUAGCAGCUACAUUAUCUUAGCAAGCACAUUCCAAGAGCUUAAGAAUCUUCAGGCUCCAAAUCACAUCUGCAGUGAAACCAAAUAUCCUAACUCUUUUUUUGGUAAAAGAUGCCUUACACCAUGUUACACAUGAUGUUCAAUGCUGACUUAUGAUUAGUGAUUUAAAGGUGAAAACACAAUGGCACCGAAUGUUUAAUCAGAUCUGUAAAUCAAAGUGUAUAUGGGAAAUCAAUUGGAUUUUCAUCAGAAACCACAUGGAUCUGUCAGCGUGAAGCCUGCUUUUAAUGGUUUUGAACUAAAGUGAUUUGGGAAUUCCAUUUUUUCACAUUUCAGUGUUAUAAACACAGAAUUUAAUUAGGGAAUUGUGGAACUAUUGAGUUUUGGCUAUUUGGUAUAAUUUUUCCACUCCUAAUGCAAUUUUAUUCAAGAAUUUUAGUACCACAUUUGUGUUCUCUUCUUGUUAACAGAAUAAUUGAUUCUCUGAGCACUGUUUUUUUUAGGCGCUGUAGCCAUAACUUUAAAUAAAACAUUUACUGGUUAGUCAUCUUGCUCAAUCCAGUUUUUAUAUGAAAAAAAUUCUCUCCAACUAACACUGCCUCAUUUUAUUUUAAAAAUCAAUUUGCGCUUAAAGAUAUUAUACAAUUGUUUUUAAUUUGAGGGUGAAAUCCCACUUCCAUAAAGCUUAUGAAGCAACCAAAUAGCAUUCUGUUAAUAGUGACUAUAAAAUUUGAACUGUUUUUAAACCCCUUCCCCAGCCCGUAAAAAUUGUUUAGAAGAUUGCACUUAAGUCCAUUUCUGCUUGUUGCAUUGUUAGAAUUCUUAGAUUUUUUUGCGGGGGGAACACUAGUUAUUGUGAAGUUUAUUGUUCUAUUUACUUUAUCAGAUUUAUGGUGCUUAAUUGCUUAAAAUGUGUGCCUAAUCUAUAUAAUCAAGACAGUGGCUGCAAUGUUUUCCUGGUAUAAAAAUGCAAUAAUGAAGUACAGAUCAGGUAUUUGAACAAUUUGGGAAGAUAUUCCAAAAUAAAAUUUAUUGUGCAUAUGAAACUAAAACAGACAGAGCAUUUUAGCCUUACAACUUUGACCAGAUUGGCAUAAGCCACAUUUCAUCUUGUUUCUUUAAGUCUUGAUUUUUGCUCUUUAUUUUCAAAUGUUUGCCUGUGGUGGUGAGAAAAGAUAGAAAUGAAGAGGUUUCCUUAAGUGCAUAAUGUUUGGAUUUGCUAAUACACUGAUUUGUUACAAAAUUUACUUUUGUGAAUUUAUGUAACAAGUAUGAAGAGUUUAGUAAUGGCUAUCAUAACAGAUAAAUUGCUGCUUGUAAAGUUUUAAACAUUUCAAACUUAACCAAAAUAGUUGAAUUUAAUGUUACAGGUUUUUUGUUUUUGUAUCAUUUCUGUGUAAAAUAUUUAUAAUUUGUAUUUUGAUUUCUCAUUUGAGUAUGUUUAUGUAGAUAUAUUUACACUUAAAGUGAAAUAGAAAAAGAAGAAAGAGGGCCUUCUUAGAACAUGGCUUACAUCUCAUUUUUCUGUUUUAAGAUGGUUACAAAUAUUGUUUUGCUUUAGAUAAUGUUAAAUGUUGCAACUUUUUAGUACUGCAGCUUACUGACUCAUUACAUAUUAAAAUGUUCUUGUUUAAAAUGUCUGAGAAGCAAGUUAUAUAUUAAAAUGUAACUAAUUGAAAUGCUUCUUAAUAUUUAGCAAGAUUUACAAUGUAUGCCAUCUGUUGAAGGAUAUUCCUGCUUGAUGCUGUCCAAAUAUACUGUGAAAUUUUCUUCAGAUUGUAUUUUGCAAAUGGUGAUCCAUGGCAAAAGCAGAUAGGAAAAAUAGGCUUCUUUUAGUUGCAUUAUGUUUGGGAUUGCUCAAUGAGAUCUUGAUUCAGUAAUUUUAUCCUGAAAACACUUGUAAAAGACUAUUCAUGGACUCUUACAAAUCAGCUAUCAAGAAAUUUAUUGAAAUUUUCAUCUUAAUUAAUAAACAAAUUUCUUUACCUUUCCUUAAGUUCGGACAUAGGAGUGACUAUGGAAGUCUUUAUGCAAAAUACUGACAGUUGGUUGACUUGAAAUGGUCAGUUCUUAAGUAAAAUGUAUUUUUAUUUAAUAGCUGUUUUCUAGUAUUUAGUAAUAAAACUUAUUUAUAGAAAUGUACAGAUUAUUCUAUUUAAGAAAAAUAUCCGAUAGUGCUGUUGAUAGAAGUUGAUUAUCUACAUCAACCAAAAAAGUGUGUAACUUUUUUGACGCUUACUUGCAAGAGAUUCUCCAUUCAGAAUAUAAAUUGAAAGGGUCAUUUUUACUACUUGAUAUUUGUUCAUAUACUUGCCUCACAAUUUUGUUUUUUAAAAAAAGAAAAUACAAGUAUAUUUAAAAUUCCUUGUCACUUCAGGAGCAAAGAACUGGUGUCUAGUUUAUUUUAAAAAAAACGGGGUGAGGGGGGAAUAACUAAUUUCCCAUUCACUAAUAAAUUUAUCUAUGCAAGCAUUUCACUUGUGACUACUUUUAUGUUGGUGAGUUUAUUCUAAGUG